UACCUGUCACAUAUCGGAGUAUCUGUUUUGUGCCUGCUUAUUGUAACCUUGCGUAUUUGACAACUCAAAAGUAGAGAUGAGGAAAAUAUAUGCACUUGUGAUUCUCGCUGUUACAUUUAUUCAGUGUUGGAAGCAGGCGAUAGGUGUAAGCCUUCCGGAGGUUAACUUGCACAAGGAUUUAUUUUCGGACUAUAAUCCAAAUGUUUUGCCGCAAGAGAACGAAUCGCAGCCAUUAAAUGUUACACUUGAUAUGCAUUUGAUGUCUAUAGACAAUAUUGAUGAGAAAAGGCAAACAAUAACUAUCAAGGCUUUUCUAGAAAUAAAAUGGAUAGAUGCCUUUCUUAGAUGGGAUUCUACAAAAUAUCCAGGAGUGUCGAGAAUCAGUGUUAAAAAUACUGAUCUAUGGAUUCCAGAUAUUGCAUUACAGGACACGUUUGAUGAACUGACGGAUUUUGGACAAGCUGGCGGAAAAGCUAAUGUGAAAAGUGAUGGUUUGGUAACUAUCUGGCCAUAUAAAACAUAUACAGUUGCAUGUAAAAUUUCAAUAACAAAAUUUCCAUUUGACAAACAAAAGUGUGAAUUUGAUUUUCUUUCAUGGAGCCAUCCGACAUCUGUACUUGUUUUAAACACCUCACAAAAGAAACCGGAUAUGACGUUUUUCACAGUAAGUGGUGAAUGGGAUCUUAAAGGAAGUGAAGCGAAAUUUGUCAGACAAAUGUACGUUACAGAUUCCUUUGACCACGUGUAUUUUUUUUUUGAACUGCAACGUAAAUCUCUUUAUCACGUUAUGAACGUUAUAAUUCCAGUUCUGUGUAUCUCUGUUUUAAAUAUCAUUUCAUUUCUACUGCCAUCAGAAAGUGGUGAGAGGGUAACUUUGUCCAUAUCAAUAUUUAUCACACUUGCUGUAUUUUUGACCACUGUCAACAGUUUGAUGCCAGAGUCUUCUGAUGAGGUCGCUUCAUUUAGUAUUUACUUAGGUCUGCAACUUCUUGGAAGCGCAUUCAAUAUCUUUGUCACCAUUAUCUCGUUAAAUCUCUUUCACCACGAGACUAGUAGGGCUGUACCGAGAAUACUAAAGGCAUUCGUCAAAGGUUGCUGCGUUAAAAAGACAAACGCGCAUUAUCAGAUUGGAACUGAUGCAUCAAACGAAAAUACAGUAGCUUGCUUGAAUGAUAUGCCACACGAACGCAUUCAAGUUGGUAUCGAAUGUCGACCUGUGACAUGGAAAAUGGUGUCAAGAGCAGUUGACAAACUGUGUCUUAUAUCUGCAGUUUGCUGGCAUAUUAUCCUUGCUGCAAGUCUUACGAUAAGCAUUCAGUACUAGAUACAAAAUGUAGUGCCAUUAUGUGUACGACUUUUGUCAAGUAAAAUGUUGUUGCGGAUAAGAUCUUACAAACACUCUUUAAAAGUUACUGUUUAUGGUAAAUUGCUUCUUUGCUGCAAUUAUAAACCUACUGACAAUUGUUUCCGUUAUGAACAUGUGGAAUUUCAUACAAAUCUUAAUAGAGCAAUACCAUAUCUUCAAAAAGAGUUGUAAUGAUUAUAUGAUAGAUUCAAAUCCAUUUUAACAAUUAAACACCUAUUGCAUGCUGUUAGUUGUUUUAUGCAUGCCAGCUCUUCCGGAUAAAUACUUUAAGGUAGGUUGUGCUGAAAAUAGUGAAAUUACUCGAUGCUUUUAAGUGCAUUUUAGAUCAAAUAAACACGUGCGUUUUCAAUGCUUUAGCCCUAAAGUGGUCAAAUAACGCUUUCACCGGCAAGAUUAGAAAGUCGAUGUUGUUAAGUGUACUUAAGAUUUUUAGAUAAACACGUGCUAGUUACCCUUGCUUUAGC